AUGGAGCAGCUGCUGAGCCGGCGGAGCGCACUACAUUGUCCCGUCUGUAAAAAGCUCUACACCAACGCUACCAACUCACGAUCCAAGAGCAAACACAUCUCAUACUGCCGCAAGAAACACAAGUCAGGCCCUCUACCUAGAAAGAAAGCGUGUGAUAAAUGUGUGCAGUCUAAGGUCCGCUGCAGCUUAGAUCCUGGAGGUUGCUCUCGAUGCGCUUCAAGAGGCGUCUCAUGCACUUAUCAAGGCACCUUGAACGGCCCAAAUAGUGCCAACUUGGCCUUUGAAGCAAAUGGUGGUAGCCGUAUGCAAACGGCCUCCUUGCAGCUCACCGACGUAACCCCGUUGAAUUUCCCCCCCCAGUCUUCGAAUGACUUGAGGCCCGGUCUCGACAGUCCUUCUGUCGAGGUGGAAGAGACAUACAGAGACAUCAAUUUUUCUCUUACUAAUUUUACUUCGAAGAACGACAUAUUCACACCUGCGUGGCCAUACGUGCCUGACUUAGCGACUGACUCUGGUGAGGGUUAUCCUCUCGGAUCUCAUGUCGACGCCUCUAUCAUCAGCGGCGAGUUACAGUCUGCGUCCAAUGUUAUAGCCAUCUCAGAGCAGUUGCUUCAGCCAUCAUCUUCGAUUCCAGCAUCACUAGCCUAUCGAGAUCCUUCCUCAUUGUUUGAACGGCGCAAGUUCUCAGAGCCAGAGUUUGAGCUUACUGGCGACCUUGCCCUGCACAUCCUUCAUUCCUACCCAUAUAUGAUAGCCAACCAGGAUUCUGUUCCUCCUUUCAUCCACCCGAAAUAUCAGUAUUUGUCUGAAAAUGACACGACAAGUCCAAGUCCUCUUAAAGCUGCCCUUAAUCUAGCGAAGAUGCUGCUGCAAGGCCGACGGAUGAAUAAGAGCUUGAUUUGGGGGCUGGUUCGGAUCGAACAGGAGCGACUUCUCAUCGAGCACUCCAGCUUUAGCAAGUGGGAGGUUCUGGAGGCGUUGCAAUCUCUCGUCGUCUAUAUCCUCCUGAGGAUUAUUGAGGGACGCCAUGACUAUACCAACUUUGAUACCCAGCUUCUAGCUUCAAUUAAUGCAAUAUGCAAGCAUAUCACCACAAACUAUGGCAGCCUCAUCGGCUUUGAUGAAAUGUCAGGUCGAAUGAUCCCGUGGAAGGACUGGGUAUUCUUCGAAUCGCGCCGUCGCAUUAUUCACGCACAAGUCACCACAUCGCCUCAAGCCAUGCCCGAGUAUUCCUGCUCGCCUGCACCGUCCCCUAUGACGCUAUGGCGUGCAGAGAACGAAUUGGACUGGGUAAUCGACUAUGCAGAGUACCUACAUAAAAAUUCCAGCCAUGGUAUGCUCAGAAACGGCGACCUUGUGGAGUUGAAGGAAGCAGCCGGACAGCAGCACGACAGGUGGUAUGCUUAUGCCGAUUCGUUUGGCCUUCUGGUUACGUUGGUCGCAAACAUGACCAAUUAA